AGAAGAUGAAGACCACACUCAGCCAAUCAAAGGAAGAGGCAUCAUUCGGUGGUGCUUGAGUGAACUGCGAAUUUUUGAUCAUGAUAUAUGCGCUUUGAAUUCUGGCUUGAUGCCUGGUUCGCGGUCCUGAACAAACCAUUCUACGCUUUCUUGCCGUGGGGUGCUGCUACAUGCCGGCACUGGACGCGCGGCUUGCCGCGCUUCUGGAGAGGACGCUGGCGGCGGAGAGCCUCCCUGCCGUGGUCCAGCAGCGGAAAGAGCUUCAGCAGCUCUUUGAUCGGGAAGCGGGCCAAACGAAGCACGACCGAUGCAGCCGGGACGAAUUGAAGCGCUCCACUGCUUAAGUUCUUCUAUUUACUUGACUUAUGUUUAUCCUCGCCGCCCCUCUUCUCUCUUUCCGUUGUAGAUUUGUCACAGCAGAAGCUUUCCUUUUAACAGCAUGGUAUCGAUGGAUGAGUCCUUUCAGACAUAGAUAGGUUUCCUGAGAAGGUGACGGCAAAGAAUUAAUCAUCGGCCGCUUUUUAUCUAAGCCGCGCUCCUUUCCUCGUGGUGCCGGACUCACGAGAUCGAGCUGGCGGAACAGGAGCAGCUGCGUGCGGUCGUAGGCAGCGCCUGCGCGGCAUUUCAGACCUUCCUGGGACUCGAUACAGAAUGCGACAUGCUCGCCCUCAACAAAGGGAUGAUGGCCACCGUUACGCUCUGGCUGCGGAAAGCACAGGGACUUUCACCGUACGAAACCCGAGAACCAUUUCAAUUUUUGUCCGGCGCCUUCUCCUCAUUUACAGUGAGGUCAGCAGUUGUUGAACUUUUUGUUAUUCCGAUAUAAUGGAAAACUUUAAUAUGCCUCCUUGUUGACCUCCUGCUGGCCCUUGUUUUCCCUUACUUUUGCGUUACACGUCAAACGCAUGUCGUAAGUCUUGCCUCCUGUAUGACGCUACAGAAUAAUCUUAGCGUUCACUUCCUCCUCUCCACAGCAUGCCUGGGCCGCAUCUUCAGCACGUCAUGGCGCUAGCAGUAGCUCUGGCGCAGCCACGUGAUAGCGACAAAAUUUACGGCUCGGAUGUAUAAUUCGUUAGCACACGACAUCAUUUUUUGAAUUCUGAGAAAAUGAAAGAAGGAAAUGAAGAACCAACCGGUUGAUCUACUCUAAAAAAAAGUACAGACCGCGGGAACCGUUAAGGCGAUGCUUGAACUGCUGAAGAUCGAUCACGAUCCGUCGCAAAUACCAAAUCGCGCGCCAUUGGUUCCGCUGGAGGCGGUGGAAGACGCGACGACCGGUCUUGCACUUUUAAUGGCGCGCAGCCGACACAAACGCGUUGUGAACCAGAAUGGCGGCAUCCCUCUUAUUAUCCCUAUGACCCGCACAAAAGGAUGUGCAAACGACGUGCUGUUGAGCAUCUACUUCAUCUUAGUCAAUGGAUAGUACGACGCAGCAACUAGUACUUGGUCAAGUGAAAGGAGCAAGAGUCAAAAACAAUGUAGUACAGACUUGUUACUUAAGUUUUUCGACUAAGCGCGUUUACUGUAGGAUUAUAGCACUUUUUUUACUAGAGUCACGAGGUAAAAACAAGUAUGUAGUAGGAGCUCUAUUCGUCGGAUCAUGCGACGUCCUAAGACUUAAUAAAGUACUCCUAUCUUGUUUGACCACGACAACUUUUAAUUAUUCUUACUUGUUUGACCACGACAACAACUAGGUUCCCCCGAAGAUAGGUAGCCAUUCUCCUGUGCUCUCAUAGACCACAUCUUGAAGAUACACGCGGACAAGCCUAGCGUAAUCGUGGCCUGCUGUCGAUUUUUGAGCAACUUUCAGGACAAGCAGGAAUACCGUGACGUGGUCUACGCGCAUGGUGGUCAUCUCGCGUUGCAUUAUGCAAAAUAUAACACAUCGUCGAUCAAAUAGUCCGUGCUCUAACUACCAUCACGGAAACUAGUACAACGGGAGAAGAGAUAUGUAGCCAUAUGAUGAGAAUCGUAGACGAUUCUGACUCUUCACUCAUGAUAUGUAAACUUUGUUCUAAUCCAAGUCGGCCUUUUCAACCGCACCGAGCAACGUGCUACGCGCCGUGUCGGGACAGCAAGUCACGGAGGCGGAGAUAGAACACAAAGUGUUGAGCAUUCGGACCGCAUGCCUUGAGGCCCUGUGGAAUUGCGUAAUAGAAAACGAAAAAGUCGUGGAGAUGAUGUACAUGGAUGCCUUCCUGGACACCAAUCUACCCCCAUGCCUUUAUGAGCAGAUAUUUUUUUCACCGACGGUAUAUAAUACUUAUUCUUAGUUUUAUUUUAGAAGAUAAUGUCAUCCCAGUCUCUCCAGGACAACCGUCUUUGCUUUACGGUGUUGUUGCCAACGACAAGAAAUUACAUCAUGCGAAGAAGUAGAAGUUAGAUCUCUCAUUGUUGACUAGUACUACAAAAGUGGAUAAUAUGUCUAACUUUUUCUGGGCUACCUGGAAAGAAAUUGGGACUUCCAAGACAAGGUAGCUCGGCUCUUUGAAUGCGCUUACGCUAUACUUCGACGUGUUGCCAAAUCGCAGAAGUGUCGAAGGUACUUUUUCUCGUGGACAAGGGUGUUGUUCUAUGGAUGAAUGUUGUUGUAAAUUCAUAGGAAAAUAAAGUGAAAAAUAAUCCAAGUGGAUCUGUAAAUUUUAAAAAUGGAUGAAGACCUUCUUUCACACAAUUAGCAAUUCGACUCGUUUUCUUUUUUUCGUAUUUUCAGCAUUUGUGUGGCCCUGCCGUAUCUAGAGAUGGCUCGAAGGGCAUUAGACUUGUUUCCGGAAGCUCAUGGCAUGGCCAAGGAGAUUACGGGGAUGCUUGGCAACUUAUCUCUGGUUAAGGCUCCCGGGAAUCGAUCUUCACAGCCGAUACUCCUCGUUUUCUUCUUUGAAUUCUGUGAAUAUAAGCUAAGAAGAUGAAUAUGAAUUUUACUUCGAUUUCGAGCUCUAAUCUAGAUUUGGAGUGGCGCAAAGACGUGGUGUCGUUCGGGUUUAUCGAACCCAUCGUCCGACUCUGUGGCGCAGCACUCGAAGACAGGAAAGUAGCGAAAAUUGGGUUCGCGGCCCUUGCAAAUUUAGCGCACGAAAGCGAGAGUCGAAGGCAAAUCGUGGAAGCGGGGGCAAUACCGGUGUUGCUCCAAGUAGUCCGAAAUAAUCUGCGCAACGAACAAGUAGUGGAGUCAGCGCUUUCACUCGUCUUUAUGUGUGACAUUUAGUUGUAAAAGCACUGAAAUGUCUAUUUGCUGUGUCGUGUUUUUUGACAUCAAAUUGAGAUGGCUUUGAAGUGGUCACUGGUGCCAUGAUCAGGGUCUACCAAAACAAUAUAAUUUCGAUCCCGCGGCUGCAUUAAGCACAAAAGUUUUUCAACUAUUGUUAUGAUGUAGUACCACGACACCAUGCCCACCAUAUAGUUUUUGGUUUUCAUAUUUUCGCAUUUGGCUCCGGACCCUGAUUGUGCGAGUGAAUUGCGGCAGCAUGCUGCAGUGGAGAUGCUUUUUGUGCUUUGUCAAGAACAUCUUGACGAUUUGUUAGUGUCGAAGCGUGUCUUAAUGUGCUUCCGACGGCUUGCACAGGCUGACCCUCAUGGAAGGAUGGCGCAAACUAUUCGAGGCGGCGACGAUGUAGUUGAUGAAAAUGGGAAGUUUAUGGCGCGGAUUUUUUUUUCAUGUGAAUCCAAUCUGAUUUUUACCUUGUGUUUCCUUGUAGGUACGUAGAUCUUCCCAAUAUUUUUCCCAUAAGCAAACAUUCAUCAUGUCUUCUACUUGUUUUUCCUCAGCCUAGUCCCUCAUAGCUCGUAGUGUUGGCGUUUUUACGUAGGCUGUUCAGGGUAAAAGCCUUAAUCGUUGUUGCGAUUGAAUUACGAGGUAGGCGUCUUCUACCAGCCGAGCCCCAGUACUGCUUUGCAUUUUUCAUACUACGCUCUUCGCAGAUCGAAAUGUUGAAGCAAGUGUUUAGGCGGCAUCACUACGACGACACAGUAGCGAAGGAGAUAUGCUACCUGGUCUCGCUACUCAAAGUGGACCGCGCAACAUUGUUUAUGCCUAGAUCGAGAAAAAUUCAAAAAAAGGGAAUAGCAAACCCGAAAAAAGGUGCCGUACUACUACUAGUACUACCCCAUUUGACUAUCCAGCAACAAGCUAGAUCAGCGGGCACAAUUCGCCAGGGAUAUCUUAGGCAGACUUCCGAAUGGAUUCAAGUCAUCAGCCAGCCAUCUUGUUUCAUCAACUCUCCCCCUCUUCAUAUCUCUAGACCUUGGCGGUCACCUCGCGAAGGCGUUGGAGAUACAUAGUCACGAUCGAGAAGCAACAAGACUCCUCGGCGAUCUUGUGUCGAGUCUUCCAGUGGGCGACGCAGACCUCCUACAAAAGUUUCAACUCGAUUGAACAUUUUCUUUCGAAAAUUUCUAAUGCACGACUCCUCGCAUUAUACUUUUUCCUGACACCGGAAUAUCGACCAUGAUAAGACGUGAGAUAGAGAUGAUAUCAUGCGAUUUGUUACGACGUGUAGACUGCAUUAUGAUAGGCGGUCGUGUAUAGUUUGUGACCGUGGUGCGGUCGCAACAGUAGUUGUACAGCCACGAGACCGAUAGAUUCCGCAGAUAGAAAUUAACUCAACACUUCAAACACUAUAAGAUUGUGCAAGUAGUUCCUAUUAUUUUUUCACUAAUCAAACGGGUUGUCCAUGCGGAAGAAAAAGACCGUGUUGAAAAUACACCAGCCAUGGGCUUAGAGUUGGCCUGGGUGGAGCACAUGAACAUGAACCAGCCACUUUUGCAGAGGAAACUACAUUAAUAAGUUCUGUUUUGCCGGGAAGACGCGAGUCAGCGUUAAGAAAAAACGAACCCUCUUUCCAGUAGAGUGUUUAUGGCGGUACGCGAAUUGUGAUCUCUCCUAACUACCUACUGAGAAAAGGUUCCUUGUCUUUCGGCGUCUCUAUGUCGCGUUUGCACCCCAUAAUCGGAAG